AUGAAAUCCCAACCCUUGCCCAGCAUAGUCUCUACACCUGUUGCACUUCAAAAGGAGAAUGUCACACCUGCUGCAUCUCAAAAGCCGACCCCAGCUCCAGCUAAACCCCAGAAGGAGGAGAUCCCUGUACCUGCGGCUGGCCAAAAAGAGAUCACUACACCCAGUGUGCCUCAGGAGACACCAAUUCCCGCUGGUACCCCAGCACCAAAUGCAGACAAAAAGGAGGAGACCCCACCACUAGGAUCCACACAAAAUAAACAGGCUUCACCUGCUGUGGCUGAGAAGGAGAAUGAAGAACCUAGAAUUGUACAGAAACCAGUGGACCAACCAAUUCCAGCCACACCCAAAACCAGUGGAGCUGUUGCAACUGUACAGCAGCAAGAAAAGCAAACUCCUGCUACAAAGGCAUCACAACAAGUACAGCCCCAGCAAGCUCCAAUGCCAGACCUCGAAACUGCUCCCCUAAAGGAGCCAAUGACUCCUGCUUCAGAGAAAGAGAAGAAGAACCUAGCACCAGGGUCACCACAGAAGGAGGUAUUUCCGGCAGUGGCUUCACAGCAGGACAAAACGCCAGUGGACAAAUCAACUCCAACCCCUGUCCAACAUCCUCCACACCAAGAGACUCCACAACAACAAGAGCAACAACCUCAGCCUCUAGCAGGGACACAGAAAGGAGAGCCCGGGAAGCCUCAACAACAGCUUCCAAAAGGUGGAGCCUCUCAUGCAAAAUCUGUACCACCACCACAGGCCCAGCCCACCAAGCAGGAGUCAGGAGGCUUCUUUGGCUUUGGUGGUGCUAAAUCUCAGCCUGCUCAGUCAAAGCCUGAAGACUCAGUGUCUGGGAAGAUGCUUGGCUUUGGCUCCUCUAUCUUCAGCUCGCUUCCCCCCAAGGUGUCUAUGACUCCUGCUUUAGUGAAAGAGACCCCAGCACCAGGCUCGUCACAGAAGAAGGAGGUAUCCCCGACAGUGGUUUGCCAGCAGGACCAGACGUCAGUGGACAAACCGACUCCAACAGUAGUCCAACAACCUCCACAACAGAAGACUCUACAACAACAAGGACAGCCUCCGCAGCCCUCAGCAGAGGCUGCAAAAUCAGAGCCUGAUAUAUCAAUAAUUGAAGCUGCUAAAGCAGCAGACACUCAAAAUCCGGCAAGCCCAGUGCCUGCUCAGAAGGCUCCACUGGAGAACCGGAGAACAUCAGAACCUCAUAAACCACCACAGCAGCCCAUCCCUGGGCGUAGGGAGAGUAGUGCCUUCCCAGCCACAAAGCAACCCCCCAAGCAGGAAUCAGGAGGCUUAUUUGGCUUUGGAGGUCCCAAAUCUCAGUCUGCCUCCUCAAAGCCCGAAGAGUCAGUGUCUGGGAAGAUGUUUGGCUUUGGCUCUUCCAUUUUCAGCUCUGCCUCCACUUUGAUAACCUCAGUUGUUCAGGACGAGCCCCGCACCACACCGCCAGCUUCCCCCAAGAUAUCUGCACUGGCCCAGACCUCUCCCAAGAUGCCUCCUGCAAAUGAGACAAAACUACCUGCUGCUCAGAAAGCAGAGGAGAAGAAAGCAGCGCAACCCCAGAAGGCCAAUAUCCCCCCAUCAGUACAUGCCAAAGUGGACAAACCCCCAUCAGCGCCUCCAAAGGGAGCAGCAUCCUCCCAACCAGCUCCCAAAGCAGGCCAAUCUACCUGUCCACUCUGCAAGGUGGAACUCAACAAGGGCUCCAAGGACCCUCCCAACUACAACACCUGCACAGAAUGCAAGAACACUGUCUGCAACCUCUGUGGAUUUAACCCCAUGCCACAUGAAACUGUAAAGGAAUGGCUCUGUCUGACCUGCCAGAUGCAGAGAGCACUUGGAGCAAUGGAACCCCCAGGACCUCCCAUGAUGAAAUCCCAACCCUUGCCCAGCAUAGUCUCUACACCUGUUGCACUUCAAAAGGAGAAUGUCACACCUGCUGCAUCUCAAAAGCCGACCCCAGCUCCAGCUAAACCCCAGAAGGAGGAGAUCCCUGUACCUGCGGCUGGCCAAAAAGAGAUCACUACACCCAGUGUGCCUCAGGAGACACCAAUUCCCGCUGGUACCCCAGCACCAAAUGCAGACAAAAAGGAGGAGACCCCACCACUAGGAUCCACACAAAAUAAACAGGCUUCACCUGCUGUGGCUGAGAAGGAGAAUGAAGAACCUAGAAUUGUACAGAAACCAGUGGACCAACCAAUUCCAGCCACACCCAAAACCAGUGGAGCUGUUGCAACUGUACAGCAGCAAGAAAAGCAAACUCCUGCUACAAAGGCAUCACAACAAGUACAGCCCCAGCAAGCUCCAAUGCCAGACCUCGAAACUGCUCCCCUAAAGGAGCCAAUGACUCCUGCUUCAGAGAAAGAGAAGAAGAACCUAGCACCAGGGUCACCACAGAAGGAGGUAUUUCCGGCAGUGGCUUCACAGCAGGACAAAACGCCAGUGGACAAAUCAACUCCAACCCCUGUCCAACAUCCUCCACACCAAGAGACUCCACAACAACAAGAGCAACAACCUCAGCCUCUAGCAGGGACACAGAAAGGAGAGCCCGGGAAGCCUCAACAACAGCUUCCAAAAGGUGGAGCCUCUCAUGCAAAAUCUGUACCACCACCACAGGCCCAGCCCACCAAGCAGGAGUCAGGAGGCUUCUUUGGCUUUGGUGGUGCUAAAUCUCAGCCUGCUCAGUCAAAGCCUGAAGACUCAGUGUCUGGGAAGAUGCUUGGCUUUGGCUCCUCUAUCUUCAGCUCGGCAUCCACUUUGAUCACCUCAGCUGUUCAGGAUGAGCACCGCACCACACCUCCAGCUUCCCCCAAGGUGUCUAUGACUCCUGCUUUAGUGAAAGAGACCCCAGCACCAGGCUCGUCACAGAAGAAGGAGGUAUCCCCGACAGUGGUUUGCCAGCAGGACCAGAAAUCAGUGGACAAACCGACUCCAACAGUAGUCCAACAACCUCCACAACAGAAGACUCUACAACAACAAGGACAGCCUCCGCAGCCCUCAGCAGAGGCUGCAAAAUCAGAGCCUGAUAUAUCAAUAAUUGAAGCUGCUAAAGCAGCAGACACUCAAAAUCCGGCAAGCCCAGUGCCUGCUCAGAAGGCUCCACUGGAGAACCGGAGAACAUCAGAACCUCAUAAACCACCACAGCAGCCCAUCCCUGGGCGUAGGGAGAGUAGUGCCUUCCCAGCCACAAAGCAACCCCCAAGCAGGAAUCAGGAGGCUUAUUUGGCUUUGGAGGUCCCAAAUCUCAGUCUGCCUCCUCAAAGCCCGAAGAAAAGCAGAGGAGAAGAAAGCAGCGCAACCCCAGAAGGCCAAUAUCCCCCCAUCAGUACAUGCCAAAGUGGACAAACCCCAUCAGCGCCUCCAAAGGGAGCAGCAUCCUCCCAACCAGCUCCCAAAGCAGGCCAAUCUACCUGUCCACUCUGCAAGGUGGAACUCAACAAGGGCUCCAAGGACCCUCCCAACUACAACACCUGCACAGAAUGCAAGAACACUGUCUGCAACCUCUGUGGAUUUAACCCCAUGCCACAUGAAACUGUAAAGGAAUGGCUCUGUCUGACCUGCCAGAUGCAGAGAGCACUUGGAGCAAUGGAACCCCCAGGACCUCCCAUGAUGAAAUCCCAACCCUUGCCCAGCAUAGUCUCUACACCUGUUGCACUUCAAAAGGAGAAUGUCACACCUGCUGCAUCUCAAAAGCCGACCCCAGCUCCAGCUAAACCCCAGAAGGAGGAGAUCCCUGUACCUGCGGCUGGCCAAAAAGAGAUCACUACACCCAGUGUACCUCAGGAGACACCAAUUCCCGCUGGUACCCCAGCACCAAAUGCAGACAAAAAGGAGGAGACCCCACCACUAGGAUCCACACAAAAUAAACAGGCUUCACCUGCUGUGGCUGAGAAGGAGAAUGAAGAACCUAGAAUUGUACAGAAACCAGUGGACCAACCACUUCCAGCCACACCCAAAUCCAGUGGAGCUGCUACACCUGUACAGCAGCAAGAAAAGCAAACUCCUUCACUGCAACAGCCUGCUACAAAGCCCCCACCUCAAAUACAACCCCAGCCAGCUCCAAAGCCAGACCCCAAAACUGCUCCCUUAAAGCAGGAGCCUGGACAUUCUCCGCAACAGUUUCCAAAAGGAGGGAGCUCUCCUGCCAAACCUGUACCGGAAUCACAUGCCCCACCCGCAAAGCAGUCAGGGGGCUUCUUUGGCUUUGGUGGUACUAAAUCUCAUCCAAAGCCUGAAGACUCAGUUUCUGAGAAGAUGUUUGGCUUUGGUUCCUCCAUCUUCAGCUCUGCAUCCACUUUGAUCACCUCAGCUGUUCAGGACGAACCACUCACCACACUGCCAGCUUCCCCCAAGGUGUCUUUAACAGCCCAUGCCUCUCCCAAGAUGCCCCCUGCAAACGAGACCAAACCACCUGCUGCUCUGAGAUCAGAGGAGAAGAAAGCAGAGCAACCCCAGCAUGUCAAGGUUCCCCCAUCAGUACAUGCCAAAGUGGACAAACUCCCAUCAGAUCCUCCAAAGGGAGGAGCAUCCUCCCAACCAGCUCCCAAAGCAGGCCAGUCUACCUGUCCACUCUGCAAGGUGGAACUCAACAAGGGAUCCAAGGACCCUCCCAACUACAACACCUGCACAGAAUGCAAGAAUACUAUCUGCAACCUCUGUGGAUUUAACCCCAUGACACAUGAAACAGAGAAGGAAUGGCUGUGUCUGAACUGCCAGACCCAGAGGGCUCUCUCUGGACAACUGGGAGACCUGGGAAAGGUGGCCCAGCCCCAACCCAUCAAGACCCAGGCCCAGCCCACACCACUCCCUGUAGUCGCAACCACCAAGACAGAGCCCCAGCCUUUCCCUAAAACACAGCCCCCAUCCCAGGCUGUGCCUCUCACCUCAGUGCCCACUCUGCCUACACCAACACCUGCCCUUGCACAAAAGGAGCUGGAACCAAAGAUGGAAGUCCCCAAGGCUGAAGCUCCCAUGACAGUCGCCAAGGCUGAGGCUCCUGAGACAGAAGUCCGUAAGGCGGAGAUCAGCAAGACAGAGGCACCAAAAAUGGAGCCUUCUGUGGCAGAGUUUCCUAAGGCUGUGCUGCCUAAACCUGUACCACCUAAAUCUGAACCACCCAAAACUGAUGCUGCAGCAGUAGUGGCUCCAGUUGCCUCUGUCCUAGUGACUGAGGCCAUGACUCCUCCUGCUCCUCUGUCCACCCCAGUGGCUACUGCUGUUGCAGUCACUCCAGCCACUGUGGAGGAGAAGCCAGAGGCUGAGGCUCAACCAACAGAGCUACCUAAACCAGCAGAGGAGAAGGUUGAGAAGCAACCAAAACAACAGGAACCGCUUUAUGUUGAUCCACAACCAGUCCAAACUGAUAUUAUCAAGGAAGUGGCCACUCCAUUGGUUGAAAAGGUGGAUGAUGCCCUUCCUGAACCUCAGCAGAUACUCACUGAGAAGGAGACUGUGAAGGAGAAGGAGAAAGAGCCAACUGCAGCCUCCCUCCUAGCAGACCAGGUAGUAGCUGAGGUACCAUCCAGCCCAGACAGUUCAUUUGAGGCUGACAUCAAGCCUGAGGACUAUAGUGACAAGUCCCAGGAUGGACCAGACAUAUUUCCCAUCUCACAGGGCUCCUACACCUCCGAGGGGGAGCUGAAUGAGUUGCAGACAGUCAGAGAUGUCCCUAUCAUGGACACAACCCCUGACACAGCCAUGCCUGCCAAGGAGGAGGGGAAUGGGGCAAAGAGGCUUCUGAGUUAUGUGCCGAUGGAGGAGAGCAGUGGGAGUGAACCCUCUCCGUCGCCCAAGCUCCAGAGACGGAGGUUAAGUGCGAUAGCGGUCAGCACGGCAGCCUCAUCCAGCAGCGAGGACUACAAAGAUGACAGCCCUACAGACAGCCCUCCAGACAGCCCAGACUCAUUUGUGAAUGAGGAGGAGUUAAUACGCAGGCAGAUCAUGGGGAUGAUGGGAGAGGAGGAGAUGUCUCUCUCAGAGGAGGAGGAAAAAGAAGAGAAAGAGAGCCGAGUGGAGGAGACCAUGGAUGCUGUGGUGGAUAACACAUCAUGUAAAGACAAGCCUCUGUUAAAAAAAGGCAGUAUAGAUGAUGAAGACAGCCCAGCCAGGAUACCUUCUCUCCCAGGGUCUGAGCGUAAAUCUAUUGUAGAGAGUGCUGAACUCACUGAGCAAAUCACUGUGUAUAAGAAAGCCAUGCCCAUGACGCCGCAGAGAACGAAGAGCAUGGACGAUGGGGUUUUAGAGGUGGAGAGCAUCACAGAUUCUCUGGAGGACAGGUCCAAAGGUGAGGGGUCAUCCAGCGUCCAAGUGUCCAGCUUCACCCCUGGAACCUCCCCCACCUCAGCCUCUUCUCUGGAGGAGGACAGCGACAGCAGCCCCAGCCACAAGAGGAGUGGGGAGGGGAAACAGCCCCGCAAGGCCAAGCACAGGCAUACCCGGCCAGCCAUUCCCCACCAUCGAGGACUCGUCAGAGGAGGAGGAGCUCAGGGAGGAGGAGGAUCACCUCAGGGAGCAGGAGAAACAGAAGGAUUUGGACCAGCAGCAGGGGAAGAGGAUCUCCAAGAAGUCCAAAAGGGAUAA